AGAGGAAGGGGAAAAGGGAAACAAACUCUUCACACACCCCUCUUUUUCUUUUUUCUUCUUUAACUGCUUUUCCAAUUGUGGAAGACCAAAUCGGAAGAAUGGCUUCUGUUUGGGUAUUAGAUCAACAACCCAACUUUGCUGACCACGGUCAAGAGAGAGAGAGACGGAUUUAGAGAGAGAAAGAAGGUGAACUGUAGAGUGAGAAAGAGAGAGUAAAGAGGGUCGGGCAGGGUGAUUUUGAGUGGGUGACCGAAGUAUCCAUGAACUCUCUGCAGCUGGGUCGGCCUUGGAUUUGGGGUAAAAAGCCUUGAGAAAGAGAGAGAGAUAGCUCCCUGCACUUUAUUCUCUUCAAAUUCGAUACUUUGCUGUACUCAGAACGAGGUUUUGAGGGGAGAAGCUCUCUCUCUCUCUUUCUCUCUCUUUAUGUCUCCCACAUUGUCUUGUUGUAGCUUCAGAAUCUCAUAGUGUUACUUCCACGCAUCAGUGUUGUCUCUCUCUGUUCGUUGCCGUUUGAAUUCCUCUGUUUCCUUCCCUUUUUCCUCUGUUUUCUCUCACACAAGGGUCAGAGAAAGAAAAACGCCCAACUGGGGAUUUUUUGUUUUUUCACCGUGUUUGGAGACCCAGAAACCAGAAUGCGGAGAAACUUUGAUUUCCACCCUUCCCUCGGUUGCCUUCUCUUCAUUACCUAACAAAGCAGAGGAUACCCAUUUCCUCUGUUCUUAUCUCCCGCGUAGUACUGAGCCUUUUUCCCGUUGUUUUGAGGGAAAAACCAGUGCUUUUUCAUUUGAUUCUCGAGUUUUUCUAAUGCGGAAAAGCCCCUUAAAUUGGAGACAAAAUCCAGUUCCGGGGUUAUUUUCCUCGAAUUUAUAAGAUUUUGGUUUUUCCGUACUAGUUCAUUUUCUUCAUUCACAUUCCUUUCCGUGCAAAACGCUGAAAAUCUCAAAAGGAUUGUUGAAGAAUAGUUCAAAGUUUUCUGUAAAAGUCAGGAUAGCUAUAUGAAGUUGUGAAACAAUGAGAGAUGAGCACUCCAAGAAAAGCAAGCUUUCAUGGCCUAAGACCCUCGUCAAGAAAUGGUUCAAUAUCAAGAACAAAGCGGAAGACUUUCAGGCGGACGACGUCGUUUAUGGAGGUGGUGAUGAAGAUUGGAGGAACAACUUCUCAGAGAGGGAGGCAUGCACAAUCAAGAAAAGUAAAACAGAGAGAUUGAGUAAAAGGAACUCUGAUCGGGUUCGGAGAGGGAAGAUUGACCUUGAUUCUGCCCAUGUCACAGAUGUGAAUAAUUAUAGGAUUUUUGUAGCUACAUGGAAUGUGGCCGGAAAAUCUCCACCUGGUUAUUUAAAUCUAGAAGAUUGGCUCCAUGCCUCACCUCCAGCUGAUAUUUAUGUUCUUGGGUUUCAAGAAAUUGUUCCUUUGAAUGCUGGUAAUGUUCUGGGCACAGAAGACAAUGGCCCAGCUAGGAAAUGGCUAGCUCUUAUCAGAAAAACUCUCAAUAGUCUUCCUGGCACCAGUGGUGGUUGCCAUACACCUUCACCAAUCCCUGAUCCCAUUGUAGAACUAGAUGCUGACUUUGAGGGAUCUACGAGGCAGAAGACCUCGUCUUUCUUCCAUAGACGAUCCUUCCAAUCCUUGAGUCGUAGCAUGAGAAUGGAUAAUGAAAUGUCAAUACCACAACCCCGACUUGAUCGCCGGUUCAGUGUUUGUGACAGGGUUAUGUUCGGGCACAGGCCAAGCGAUUUUGACCCCAAUUUCAGAUGGGGUUCCUCCGACGAUGAGAAUGGACCUGGGGAUUCACCAGGUACCAUGCAUUUCUCACCAAUGUCUUACAGCGGGUCCACUUCCAUGGAGGAUAGAGAUAGGCAGCCAGGCCAUUCAAGGUACUGUUUGGUUGCCAGUAAGCAAAUGGUUGGGAUAUUUCUCACUGUUUGGGUGAAGAGUGAUCUAAGAGACUAUGUUCGCAACAUGAAAGUGUCUUGUGUGGGCAGAGGAUUAAUGGGUUAUCUUGGGAACAAGGGUUCGAUUUCAAUUAGCAUGUCUUUGCACCAAACAAGCUUUUGCUUCAUCUGCAGUCAUUUAACAUCUGGGCAGAAGGAUGGAGAUGAGCUAAGAAGAAAUUCUGAUGUCAUGGAGAUCCUUAGAAAGACAAGAUUUCCAAGGGUUCAUGGCAUGGGGGAUGAAAACUCACCUCAAACAAUUCUUGAGCAUGAUCGGAUUAUUUGGCUCGGGGAUUUAAAUUACCGGAUUGCCCUAUCUUACCGAUCUGCAAAGGCUCUUGUUGAGAUGCGCAACUGGAGAGCAUUGUUAGAGAAUGACCAGCAGCUGCGGAUAGAACAGAGACGGGGCCGUGUCUUUGAAGGAUGGAAUGAAGGAAAGAUAUAUUUCCCUCCCACAUACAAAUAUUCGAAUAACUCAGACAGAUAUGCAGGAGAUGAUAUGCACCCAAAAGAGAAGCGAAGAACUCCUGCCUGGUGUGAUCGUAUAUUGUGGUAUGGACGAGGCCUCAAUCAAUUAUCUUAUGUUCGUGGAGAGUCUAGGUUCUCUGAUCACAGACCAGUGUAUAGCAUAUUUUUGGCAGAGGUUGAGUCUAUCAACCGUAGCCGAAUCAAGAAGAGUAUGAGUUGUUCCAGUUCCAGGAUCGAGGUAGAAGAGUUGUUGCCACAUUCACAUGGAUUCACUGAACUCAAUUUCUUUUGAAGGAUGCACUCCUUUUCAUUGGAAGAGGCAAGCUAAAUACAGUUCCAAGAUGGGAAUACUUCCAACAAGACAACAGGAAUAGAUUAAAGACAUAAGGAUUUCAUUCAGAUACAAAUCCCUGUGAAAAGAAGAAUAUGAAAUUCAGAUUAAUCGCAAAUUUCUGACUCUGGGUUGGUUUCCUCCUCAGUCAGUCAGGUGGGCACUCUGCUGCAAAGAAACUCUGCCUCAGACUGAGACAUUCCAUCCCCAAAAUCCAAAAGGUACUGGAUUUUGUAGCUUUGUCCAUUACUGCUAACUCAUCAGCUCUGCAACUCACCAUUCUUUUCAUCACCAAUUCUUAUCAGCAAACUUGGCAACUUCUUGUCUCAAAGCAAGUAUAUGGAAUCUGACCAAGAUGAACUCACCCAAUGUAAAAGUGCCAACUGGGUCAGCGUAACAAAAAAAAAGUAUGAAGA